AUGGAUUUCCAGGGUCAGCAGGGCGGCCAGCAGAGCGGCGGCAGAGCUUGCUUCAGCUUUUCGGGUAUUCCCGAACAAGACGCAGUCGUCUGCACCCCAACCUACUUUAAGAGGCCGAAGAUUGUCAUUCGAGCAACCUUGAUGGCCUCUUUGACGGGCCACACGCAAUUUCUUAUUGGCGGCCUCCACCCUUCUCACCCAUCUUCCCCAGGCCCCAUUCUCAAUGUUGUGAACAUGUAUGAGCAGGCUCAAGGAGCCGGUGCCUUCCCCAGAUCUUCAUAUUUCCAUUUUCCCACGUUUUCUGUCUUGAUUUGGUACAUGUGUGGAGCCCGUGACUGCCCCAACCGUGGCGCUGCUAAGUGCUACAACUGUGGCAACGAGGGUCACAUGAGCCGUGACUGCCCGGAAGGUCCUAAGGAUACCAAGACGUGCUACCGGUGCGGCCAGGCUGGUCACAUCUCCCGUGACUGCCCCAGCUCGGGCGGUGCCCCCGGUGGUGGCCAGUCGGGCGCCGAGUGCUACAAGUGCGGUGAGGUCGGCCACAUUGCUCGCAACUGCCCCAAGAGCUCUUACAACAACUCGUACGGCGGCAGCUCGGGCGGCUACGGCUCGUACGGUGGUGCGGCCAAGACCUGCUACUCUUGCGGCGGUGUCGGCCACAUGUCGCGCGAUUGCGUUAACGGCAGCAAGUGCUACAACUGUGGCGAGACCGGCCACUUCUCGCGCGACUGCCCCAAGGCCUCGACCUCGGGCGAGAAGAUCUGCUACAAGUGCCAGCAGCCCGGCCACAUCCAGGCCGACUGCCCCAACAACUAA